AUGCGCGAAUUGCGGCGCCGGCGCGCGGCCCAGUCCUCCAACAGCCAAUCAGACCCUGCCAGCAAGGCACCCGGCGCAGAAGCGGGGAGCGGAGGGGCGGGGGGAAGUGGCGCGGGAGGGGGGCCGGGAAUGCGCGACCAGCGGGCGGUUUCUAACGCGCUCAAUAGUGAAGGGCUCGAGGGCCUGCCGGCACGAGCAGCUGAGCUGCUGAAGCUGGGAGUCUCCUUCUACCUGCCGCUCUGGCCCUUUGCUCUCGCCAUUAUCACUGUCUUCACCGCUAUGUACCUGUUCCUGGGAUCCGGCUUUGUGCAUCCGGGCAAGAGUUACGGGGAGGGCCGGCAACCCCCAAGCUACAUCGACCCUUACGCACUGCUGGAGGAGGAAGAGAAGUACAUGGAGCGCAUUCCUUAUGAUAUGAGCACUUAUCUAAAAGAUAACUAUGACCCGGAGUUGGAUGGGUGA